GUAUGAUUUGAGACUGAUAUGUUUCAUAAUUUUAACAGGUGGACUCGUUAGUUCGCUGAACAGCAAUGAGUGGAUAUAAAUUUCGAAGUAGAACAGUUUUUGGGCAGCACCGUCAACGAAAUUACCAUUGGGCUGUGAGAAAUUGGCGCGUGCGUAAAAUGCGGCAUGUUGGCAUGUUUUGCAAGGUUCUCUUGUUAGUUGGGGUCUUGGGAUGAUUUCUUACCAUUGCCACAGCUUUAUACUUGCAUCAACUACAAAACCGGCAAAUUCUUCCUUUCUGCUUUAAUAAUAAUUACUCCAUUUGGUGAAAUCAGAGUCGAGAGAAUUUCUUUCUCUUUCUUUUUACAUUCAAUUCAUUCAACCGAAUUUAUGUUUUGCUGAUUUCCUUUUUUUUUGUUUUGUUUUCAAUUUCAUUCACCAGAAAGAAAAAAAAGGAAUAAGUGAAUAUACAUAAAUACUAUACACAUAUUUAUAUAUUUCUGUAAAAUUUCUCCAACUCAUCGCAGCAUAAAAAUCAAGAACAGCGUAAUCUUUAUAUAUAUAUAUAUAUAUUUUGAAACCCAGAACCACAUAUACAUAUCUCUAUAUAUUUAAUUAAAAAAAAAUAACGCAACUGAAUUACCGAAAAUGGAUACAGAUGUUCAACAACUCAUAGCAGCCGUGGACACAGUAAUGAACCCAGCUGUGAGCCAGCAGGAACGAAUUUUAGCGCACCAGGUCUGUGAUGAACUGAAGGAAAUGCCUUCCAAGAGUAUAAAAUUUGGUUUGGUUCUGGCUCAGAAAGACUACUCCCCCAUUAUACGGCAUUUUGGUCUCCAGCUUCUAGAGCAUUGUAUCAAAUAUCGUUGGAAUGAUUUAACACCAGAAGAGAAAAAUCGAAUGAAGAAAAGUGCUCUGGAAUUAAUUUCAACAGGAACGCAAGGUAUUCUGGUGGAAGAACAUCAUAUAAAAGAUGCAGUGUCUCGAAUAACUGUAGAAAUUCUUAAAAGAGAUUGGCCCCAACUUUGGGCAACGUUACUAAAAGACUUGGAAAUUUUAAGCCGUCUAGGGGAAACUCAGACUGAGCUGGUUCUUAUGGUCUUUCUACGAGUUGUCGAAGAUGUCAUUGCAUUUCAGAGCAUUCCACAACAGCGGCGACGAGAAAUCCAACAGACACUAACGGCUAACUUAGGGGACCUUUUUAAAUUUUUCUUGGCCAAACUCAAUUAUCAUAAAGGACAGUAUCAAUCAUUGCAACAAAGUACAGAGAGAGACUUUCAGAUGAGGGCACUGGUUCACUGCCGAGUAUGUGAAGCUGUACUACAGACCUUGUGUGGUUUUGUAGAGUGGGUACCAAUGAGUCAUAUUCUUGACGACAAUAGUCUUCUUCUACGGUUGUUGUGUCUGCUAUUAAAUGACAAAUCACUCCAGUUAAUGGCAGCAGAAUGUCUUCUACUUAUUGUUUCCAGAAGGGGUCGCUUGGAAGAGAGAAAACCUUUACUGAUAUUGUUCAGUGACGAUGCCAUGUCUAUUAUUUUUACUGCUGCUAUAGAAGCUAACAAUUCCUCGACCGAUGAGCGUUAUUAUCUUUUCCUAAAACGGUUAUGUCAAGUCUUCACUGAAAUUGGAAAACAACUUUGUGCUUUAUGGGGUUACAGUGAAGAUGUCCAGAAACCUCCUACAUUUACGAAAUACCUUGAAGCAGUAUUAGCUUUUACUGAGCACCCAAGCAGGUUUCUUGGCAGUUUAACGCAUUCCCUGUGGGCCUCUUUCCUCAGGCAUGAGAUUAUAUCCGAAGAUGAAACAUUAAUGUCUUUCAUACCUCGUCUGGUGCGCAGUGCCACUACAACCAUCAUUAAGGUUGGAUUUCCUAGUCAGAAUAAUUCACCAAGUUGUAGCUAUGCCUUGCUGGACUUUGAUAGCGAUGAAGAAUUCAAUCUAUUUUUCUCACGUUACAGAGCCGAAGUUGCAGAAACUCUGCGACUUGCUACACGCAUCAACCCUAAAUGUACCUUUGAAGCUGUUGCCACUUGGUUACAAGACUUAUUGCAGAAACCUGUGGAUAUUGGCGGAGGAACCGAACGUGGUAACUGUAACUUAAGUUCGCCUGCUUUCCUUGAAUGGGACGGCUUGACCACUUUCUUGGAAAGUGUCAUGUCUAGACUCACAACAUCCCCUAAUCCACAACCUGAUCGUGCCGCCGGUGUCCAGCUGCUGAAACAAGUCUUGGAUUACAACACACAGGAUCCAUUGAUUUUAUCAUGUUUGCUGUCCUGUGUCUCCGCAUUAUUCACAUUCCUUAAUGACAGUCUUGAAACGCUACCAAUCGUAUUAGACAAGAUUUUCUCAGCAGUUGUCUUCAAUCUUCCUGGCCAAACUAAAUCGACACGAAGCAAAGCUGUUAAAAACGUCCGGCAGCAUGCUUGCUCAGUUCUUGUGAAAGUUUGCAAGCAGUAUCCUGAUUUGCUAUUUCCUGUAUUCCCAAGUCUUUAUCAACACAUACAGAACAUUGCAAAGGACCCAAUUCAACUGUCUCAAAUGGAGAAAUGUAUUUUAACAGAAGCUUUAAUUCUUAUUAGUAAUCAAUCUCAAAACUUUGAUAAACAAUCCACUUUCAUAGAAGAAGUGCUUCAACCAGUGAAAGAAAUUUGGUUAUCAAACAGUUUUGAAUUAGCCUUUCAGUCACCUGAGAAAUUCAUGUCAUUUGUAGGCUUAGACCAACCUCCUGUAGAACCAAGCACUGAUGACUUGAGUGGUAUUAACCGUUCACAGAUCUCAUAUUGUAUCAUUACAAUACUUGCUGUUAUGAAGAGGAGCAAAUGGCCUGAUGAUUUCCAGAUUGCAAAGUCUGGUGGUUUUGUUAAUCCAAACCUUGAUUCCACUGUUCAGAUACGAAACCCUGCUACUCCACACAUCAGCAUUUUACUUAACAAUCUGUUUGGAUUGCUCAGGACGCUUAGUGCUCUCUGGCUUCCAGAAAACCUGAAAUUAAGACAUCCAGAUUUUUGCAAUGCAUAUGACCUGCAAGAAGUCGACAAAUUAGCAGUUUUAGGUAUCCAACCACCUUACAUAGAUAAUACAGACUCUACAAUAUCCAAACAACCUGUGGAACGUAUGCAGAACUUUAUUGGCAAUAUCCAUGACAAUGGGUGA